AUCCUCCCAUUUUCUAUUUGAUCGUUACCGCGCUGCAAGAGCCUCUGGCGAUGCGGGUAACCCCCAAGCGCAGGCGCGGGCUGUUCAUGUUUAUGCGAGAGCGAGAAAUGUAAACAGAACCAAACUCCUCUUCUUUCUGCCCAUAAACCACACAUACAAAAUGUCAGGAAAAGGAAAAGUGCAUGGCGGCAAGGGCAAGUCGUCUGAGGGAAAUAAGGCUACCAGCUCACACUCUGCUCGCGCUGGGUUACAGUUUCCUGUUGGUAGAAUAAAGAGAUACUUGAAGAGAAACGCCCAAAGUAAGAUCCGGAUCGGUUCCAAAUCGGCAAUCUACUUGACUGCUGUCUUGGAAUACUUGACUGCAGAAGUUUUAGAGUUGGCCGGUAAUGCCGCCAAAGAUUUGAAGGUCAAGAGAAUCACGCCCAGACAUUUGCAAUUGGCCAUUAGAGGUGACGAGGAAUUGGACAACUUGAUCAAGGCCACCAUCGCCUACGGUGGUGUCUUGCCCCACAUCAACAAAGCAUUGUUGUUGAAAGUGGAGAGGAAGAAGGGCCCGAAGUAGGCUUCUUCGCCCAGAGUUAUGGCCGCAUAAGGUCUGGUUGCUCCUGUGGCAUACUCCUUCCCUAU